CGCGGAGGAAGUUGAAUUGAAGAAGAAGUCACUGUCCAGGAAUACAACUUGGCAAAAGCCACAACAAAGUGAAAAAUGGAGGAGGAUGAGAUUGAGAUGACGAGAGAGGAGCUUCAGAUGUGGAUCAGGGAUAGGGUGAAGAAGAUGGAGCUGAUAUCCCCAGAAGUUCUAAACAAAUGCGAUCUGCUGCAGUCUCUGCUGAUAAGGAAGGAAGUACAAGUCACCAACUUCCUGAAGCUAUGCGAAUCGGUGAGAGCAUGUGAAGAAACUGUGAAGAAACUAUACUCUGUACUGCAGUGGGAGUACAGAGAACGAGAUUCUGGUGAUGAUGAUAAUACUGCAGGCUCUGGUAAUAUACCUUCGUCCCCAUGCAACUCUGUUCACUCUGAGACUCAAGUGCCCAGACCUCCUGCAUCACCAAAGCGACAGGAUAGUGCUAACCUAAAUGAAGAUAAAUGCAAAAAAAGCUGUCUUGGUCUACAAAGGAAACCAGUGGUGGUCUUGACUAGACUUCCUAGAUGUAAGAUUGAUGCUUUACGCCCACCAACACCUCAGAAUCAGUACAGUGAACAUGAAUCCUCUUGUUCCCACCCUACUUCCUCUGAUGUAGAGUGGGAACCAGAAGAUGACUCAGCUGAUUCUGAUAAUUUUAUCCCAAGUUGGACGAGUAACGCAAAAAAGAGGAAGAAAAUAGAGUGGGAACCAGAAGAUGACUCAGCUGAUUCUGAUAAUUCUAUCCCAGGUUGGACGAGUAUCGCAAACAAGAAGAAGAAAAUAGAGCUGGAACAAAAAGAUGACUCAACUGAUUCUAAUAGUACCUCAAGUUUCACGAGUAUCACAAACAAGAAAAGAAAAAUGGAGUUGGAAAUAAAGGACGAGUCAUCUGAUCCUGAUUAUUCUGUCUCGAGUACUACAAUGAAGGAAAAGAAGAGGAGAAAAAAUGAUAAAAAUAGUAAAAAAACUGCUAAGAGCAGAACAUCAACACCUCAAGCCAGCGCAAAUACUGAUGCUAAGAGCAACGCAGUGAAAACACCAACCAGCGCAAAUACUGAUGCUAAGAGCAACGCAGUGAAGACACCAACCAGCGCAAAUACUGAUGCUAAGAGCAACGCAGUGAUGACACCAACCAGCGCAAAUACUGAUGCUAAGAGCAACGCAGUGAAGACACCAACCAGCGCAAAUACUGACGGCAAAAGUAACUCAGGUGAAACAUCAACACCCAAAGGAGUAUCAUCUGUGUGCAUAGUAUCCACUCUUUGCCAAUCCUCUGACAAAGACACUAAGGUCCCUCCUAGCGUGCCACAAGAAAAGAUUACUGUGGGCAUGACUGUCCUGGCCAGGAGGAAGGCUGUCCGCUGGAAAUGUGGGAAAAUCACUGAAAUUGUAGAAAGGGAAGAUGGUGGGAUGAAAUACAAAGUCAGUUUUGAGGACAAAGGGAAGAUGCUUGUCUCUGGACAUCACAUCGCUUUUCAGUGCGUGCCAAAGGUGACUCAGCUGUUUAUAGGUGCUCGUUUGGUGGUCAAAUGUCCAGGUGACGAGCCCAAGUUUUGCCCUGGUGUCCUGGCAGAGCUUCCCACCAGGAAAAACCGCAUGAGGUUUCUGGUCUUUCUUGAUGAUCACACACCAAUCUAUGUUGGUUUGCCUUUACUUCAUCUGGUGUGCAGACCAUUGACGGACCCUUUGGACGAUAUUCCGGACGGCACACACAAGUAUUUCAUGAGGGACUAUAUGAAGGCCUGGCCUUACCCGCCCCAGACCCAGUACAGUGUUGGACGGACCGUUAAUGUAGAGCUAAAUGGAGCCCAAAAGAAAUGUGAGGUGGUGCAGAUUGACAGCAGUUUGAUACAGGUCGUUUUUCAGGAGGAUCAACAUAAGGAAUGGAUAUACCGAGGUUCCAUACGCUUGGAACACAUGAUUAGUAUGAGGGAGAAAUUGGAGUUGAAAAAGGAGUAGCCGCAAAAGUUUUUUUUUUCAGGCCAUGAGACCUGGACACCUGGACAUCUUCUCUGGCUGUGCUGGUUAAGAGCAUACACAUUGCAGUGAUCUUCCACCCGCAGAUAUGGCUGUGUUGUGCAUGUGCUAAAGCAGCCAGAUCAAAGUACAGCCAUUUGGCAGGGUCUCAUUAUAACCUGCUGUGAGAGAGUUGGCUCCAGAGAGAAUCCCUUGUGAUCAAACCUGCUCGGUGUGUGACAAGUGACCCGCAAAUUCAGACUGUGACCACUAUGCCAAAAUCUCUUCACACACACUCUUUUGUUGUUGACAUUCGGUUUAGCAGUGUUCCUGCAGACUGGUGAUGGCACCAUGGAUGGGACUCACAUUACUACUGAAGUAUCCAUCUCACUGGAGUGGCUGAGAAUUGUCCAUUUUCUUUUAACCUUGAAAUAUUGCAAAUAUUUGUUCAUGAGCAUUUAUUGAUGUUGUCUGUGUUUUGAAAUAAAAAUA